CACAUAUCUUGACCUCUAGAUGGAGUAUUCGACUGACGAUAUCGCAGCAGCGCGGAGCUUGCAGUUCACUACGUUCAGUGUCCAUGGCUACAUUCUGGUAUGCCGUGUAAAGUAUACAUUUUUGCUUCGAUCGCACUGGACCAGGAUAAAAGGCCUGUUUAUUGUCACGCGAUACCUACCCUUUAUCUUUCUCGCCGUGGAUCUAUAUUUGUACUUUACCCCGGAUGAGAACCCAGGUAAAUGCCGGGUGUUGGAUAAUGUUCGAUCAGGUCUUGGCAUAGUAUUAAUCACUCUCUCCGAAUGUAUCUCUCGUCCCCCUGGUAUUAUACGUGUUUUUGAUCUGAUUCCUCCAGAUUUUUUUGCUCUCAGAACAUAUGUGCUCUGGAACAAAAAUAGAACCGUGCGCGCAACCAUUGCGUGCACCUCUAUCGCUAUUAUCGUAGCAUCCUUCAGCUUUCUUUUCACCACUAGCGAUUCUGCAUCAUAUGUGACUAGUGCGAUCCCGCGCAUCACAGGGUGCUACCUAAGUGCAAGUCGUUACCAGCUCUCCAUACCAUAUCUUCUUUUUUCCGUGUUCACACUGGAACUCAUGAUACUCACACUCAUACGCGCCGUACAGGACUGGCGAAAAAACUCAGGUCGUCUGUACACUGUUCUGGUGAAGCAUAACAUAUUCUAUUAUGCAUGCGGUUUUCUGUUGUCGACAAUGAACGUUUUCAUGUCGUUGUUCCUCCAGUACUCCUAUCAGACCAUUUUGUAUGAUUUUCAGUACUUGAUGCUUCCAAUCCUUGCCACGCGCAUGCACCUCCAUUUCUGGAAGGUGGACCAACAUGCACACGACUCCGGCACUGUCGUGAGCAUUCCAAUGUCCGAUAUGUCAUUUGCAAAUUUCACGGCGUGAUGUCUCAUCUUGUGGCUUAUUUUUGGUGUCGUUUGUGGAGCAAACUUAAACCGUACAAGAUCAGUGAUGGGGUUGGGAUUAGUGGAGGUUGUUACGUGCCUAACAUGGGAUGGGUCUGUUGCAGGGUGGGAGGAGCAUUUGGAUGGCCCUGGUCUAUUCGACACCUGUAGUUUCUACUAUUAAGCAGCAGUGGAUUCACUGGGAUCCAGAAUUUGACCAACGUUGUAGCAAGCUCCACAAACGUUCUUGUUAUGAUAUCUAAAACCACCUACUGCCGAGAAAUGUCUUACUCAACUGGGACUCAGGCUAGGUUGAAUAUAUCUCGCACGGAUCUUUCCGACUCGGAGUCCAUG